AUGCCUUCUCGCUCCAACUCCGUUUCAUCCAGUACCGCCAACCCUGAGCCUUCCGCCGAUAGCAUCGCUAUCAGUGUCAUCAUCGCGGAUGGAAAGACCAUCAAGCUCAACAUCCUUCCUACUCACACCGUUUCCAACCUCGUCGACUUCCUCAAAGCCGACACCACUGUUGACACCAACGCCCGCCUGCUCCGAGAUUCGCAACCUCUAGAUCCCUCAUCCACCGUUGCAGCCCUCGAGCUCUCUUCUGGCGCUACGCUCUCUCUAGAUCCUCCUUCUACCCGACGGUCUAGUUCUCCAACCGAGGAGUCCAUAUCCGCAUCUUCCGCCACUGAGACACCCUCCUCAUCAACGCCUGUCUCGACCGCCUCGACUCCGCGCUCUUCGACACCCGCGAAGAAGCCGCGUAAGCCGCGCUGCACCAAGAAUGGCUGCAAUGCACUCGCGCAACCUAUCGUGGGCGACUGUGGCUUCUGUCAAAAGCGCUUCUGUGGCAAGCACCGCAUGCUAGAAAGUCACAACUGCGAGGGCCUCGAAGAUGCGCGGCAAGCGGACAAGGCCAGAAACACGGCAAAGCUAGAAGGCGAGCGAACCGUCAUGUUGAGAGGUUUGUAA